AAAAUCAUCGGUGUCACAUUUUGUCACGUCUCUUCUAAGAAAAUAAUGGGAGAAAACGGAGCCAAGCGAUGGAACUUCGGAGCUAACGAGGUCGUUCAACGAUCUAACUCACUUACCAUUCGUGACUAUCUUAACACCUUAAUGAGUAAUCUCGACGGUGGUGACGUAAGGCCCGUCAUUCCCCUGGGACACGGCGAUCCUUCUCCAUUCCCGAGCUUUCGUACAGAUCAAGCCGCUGUUGAAGCCAUCUGUGAUGCUGUCCGCUCGACAAAGUUUAACAACUAUUCUUCUUCUUCCGGUGUUCCUGUCGCUAGGAAGGCUGUUGCAGAGUACCUCUCUCAGGAUCUCUCUUACCAGAUAUCUCCAAAUGAUGUUCAUAUGACAGCUGGUUGUGUGCAAGCCAUCGAAAUUUUGAUAUCCGCUCUCGCAACUCCUGGAGCCAACAUUCUGCUUCCUAGGCCUACUUACCCGAUGUAUGAUUCCCUAGCGGCUUUUUGCCGACUCGAGGUUCGUUAUUUUGACCUCCUACCAGAAAAUGGUUGGGAUGUUGAUCUUGAUGGAGUUGAAGCUCUGGCGGAUGACAAAACCGUUGCUAUAGUUGUUAUAAAUCCUUGCAAUCCAUGUGGGAAUGUUUUUUCUCGCAAACAUCUUCAAAAGAUUGCUGAGACGGCUUGCAAGCUUGGAAUACUUCUGAUUGCAGACGAAGUCUAUGACCAUUUUGCUUUUGGGGACAAACCCUUUGUGUCAUUGGCAGAGUUUGCAGAGAUAGUGCCUGUGAUUGUUUUAGGUGCCAUAUCUAAAAGAUGGUUUGUUCCUGGAUGGAGACUUGGUUGGAUGGUGACUCUUGACCCUCAUGGCAUCAUGAAAGAUUCCGGGUUUGUUCAGACUCUUAUCCAUGUCGUCAACUUGUCCACGGAGCCUGCAACGUUUAUUCAGGGAGCAAUGCCUGAUAUCAUUGGGAAUACAAAGGAAGAAUUCUUCGCAUCAAAACUCGAAAUGGUGAAAAAAUGUGCAGAGAUUUGUUAUGAAGAGCUUAAGAAGAUCCCUUGCAUCAGUUGCCCCUGCAAACCUGAGGGGUCAAUGUUCACGAUGGUGAAGUUAAACCUUUCGCUACUCGAAGGUAUCAUUGAUGAUAUGGACUUCUGCUCCAAGCUGGCUAAAGAGGAAUCUAUGAUCAUCCUACCAGGUCGCGCUGUUGGGCUCAAGAACUGGCUACGUAUCACCUUCGCAGUUGAGCUUGAGCUUCUCAUAGAAGGUUUUUCCAGGCUAAAGAACUUUACGGAGAGACACUCCAAAAAGCAGCCAUGAGAAUUGAGACUUUCUCUCACUCUCCACAGCCAAAGCAAAUUAGAUUUUGCUUAGAGGCUUAUUACAUACUACUGUUGACUUUAUAAAAUAUUUGCACAAAU